AAUUAAUCAAAUAUCUGACAUUUGUGUUGUUAUUAUAGCAACUGAGCUGAAAUCUCACGAUACAAAAUGUUAAUCUCGCUAACGCAAACUUCCGGUUGCAGGCGCGGGAAAUUUCAAUUUUUCCUGUAUCUAUACUAAAAUGAAUGACAUUUUAAAAAGCAAGAAGCAAACUUUGUCCUCUGCUCAAAACCCAGUGCAACCUGUGAGGUUUAAGAGCUUUGUUGCAGCUGAGAAAUCAAAGCUCAGGACUGCUUAUCCAUUCCUUAGUGCUGACCAAAUUAACAGAAAAAUCAAAGAGAAGUGGAAGUUACAGAACCAAUGUGAACAACUGCAAUGUACGAAAACAGCUUUAAAAGACCUUCAUCUAAAAAGGGGACCUAGCAGCAGUAUCAAAAAUUCACCAAAAAGACAAAGGAAAAUUGAGGUUUGUGAAACACCGGAAUAUGUGAACCUGUAUAAGCUUCAUGGUUUCCGCAAACAGCACACAGAGUCCUACAAGAAUGACUUUCAACCUGAUGAAAACUCUGGCUCAAUAACUGAGGAAUGGACAUCCACUAAAAUCAAAGAAUGUAAAGGGGGAGACUUGGCACAGCGGGCUUCUGCAACAUGUGAAAUACCAGAUAAAGGGCCUGCUGCCUUCAGACUUGGGCAAGAUGUCAGUAAUGAUAUUGUUAUGGAGCAGAAGGAUACAUCUGACUCAGCAAGCCUACACUCUGAUGAGGAAGAUGAUGGGAUUUUAAUUCGUAGGACAGACUUUGAUAAUAAUGGUGACGUGGAUGGAGAAAUGAGUGUUGACAAAGAAGAGUUUGACAUGUCCAAAAAUGGAAAUGAAGGAAAUGGUAAAUAUGAUGAUGUCUGUUUCAAGUCUCCAAAUCCUAAAAGAUCUUUAGUUGAACAAACGACAAAGAAGGGGAGUAGACAGCAAGCUCCAGCAGACCUUACAACACCCAAGUUCUUGUCAACCUUGCAAGGAAACUCAACACCCCAGGUCAGCAGUGUUGCUGAGGAAGCAUACACUACCCCACAGAUGGAUGAAGUUUUACAGAAGAUGACAAUAAAUGAAGCAAAAAAAGCCCCACAAAAACAAAAGUACAGUUAUGAAAGUGCGAACCAGUUAGAAAAAAUGAAAGCAGUUGCAUCAGGACGCCGUGUAACUCGUUCAUUGGUGGUUCACACAGCAGAGCUGAAUGCCGAUGGAAAAGAAUUUGAGGGGACAAAUGAAAGGGUUGUGAGUUUGAACAAAACUGGCAUGAUUAAAGGCAAAUUUGAUAGCAAAAAAGAACACAGAUUAUCUCUAAAAAAUAUGAAGAAAAUCAAGGACUUAACUGAUGAAGAAGGUCAAUGUAACAAUGAUAUUAAACAUUUUAAAGAGGCUGAAAAAUUUGACGGACGGAAUCUUGAAAACACUAUCUUGAAAUCUGAGAGUAAGAAUACAAGAGCAAAAACCAAUAAGAGGAAGUGUUUGGAGACUGAAAACUUAGAAGUUGAUGAAAAUGCAAUUGAAAUGACGCCCUCUGGAGAUGCCAGUCAGACUGGCAAAGAUCAUGUUGUGAAAAAAGUUGAUAGCUUUAUCUUUAAAAUGGAGGCAAAUGAUUAUAGUGAAGGGAAUACCAAAAUAGUUAAAAAUAAAUUACCAGUUUCAAAAUCUGGUAAAAAUGUCAAGAAGCAAAAAAGGCGUCAUAUUACAUCAUCAGAAUUUGGAGAAUAUAAUAAAGAUGAAGCUAAAGAUGAUUUUAGCUUGAGAAGUUCUGUAAGCAGUGGUAGUGAAUCCUUGUGUUCUGUUAGGUAUGGAUCAAGUCCGGCAUCAUUUGUGAAGAGCCCGACUUCUCUAAGAGAGUCUAGUAGAAAUACAGAACCAACCAAUCCUGCUCUAGAGAAGGUUCUCCAUAGUUUGCAGUCAACAAGAGUAACAAGCCCAUCCUGGUCCUUUAGUAACAGUAGUGUCUCUUCACCAAGACUUCUCUCCCCUGCUCUCUCAGGUGUCAGUGAGCUGUCCAGUUUGUCUGACCAGCAUACUAACCAGGAUGAGAUGAGUGGGGAUGUUGAUACAUUUACUAACAUAAAUAUGGUUCAAGAAGAAAAAGACCUAUGUGAAAUGUUUAAUGAUGUUACCCCACCCGAAAGUAAGACCAAGGGCCUUUAUAAAACCACCAGGAUGUUAUCCAGUGGUGGACAAGAAGAAAACAGUCAGUUUAAACAGAUAUUUAAUGAAGAAAGUGAUGAUAUAUUCUUCUGAAUGUUGUUCUGUUAUACACUCACUAAAAUGUUAUACUUUCAUCUGCAUCAGCCCUUCAGUCCUCUACUGGUUUAAGACUGUCAGACAGUCAUCCAAUUUUUGUCUAGUCAAUACACUUGCCAUUGCUGGAUGCUUUUUUCCAGUUACUUGGCAAAGACGUGAUAUGCUGGUUGCAAAAGACAAUCCCCUAGCUCAAAGACUGUCAGAUUUAGAGAUAAAAAAAAAUUCUUGCCAUUUUUCUCAUUUUAUGUGAGGAUAGACAUUACUUGGCACAAAGGUUUACUGUAUCAGUUGCAAAACCAAGACCAUUGUUCCGAGGCAAUGCAUUACAAAAGAUUUGGCUGAUUUUUUUUGUUCAGUCAAUCAGUACCUUUUUUUCCACAUUUGUUAUAUUACAAGAUCUUAUCUUAGUUUCCAAACCAGUAGUGGACUGUUUUGCUAUGCAGUACUUACUUCAAUGUUGUUGAAUAUUUUCAGCUUUACAUCGGUUUUCUCUAUUAAAGCAUCUAUGUCUUUGA